UUGGCGGUGACGCCGGAAGCUGCGGGGGGUUAGUUGGCGGUGACGCCGGUUGCAGGAUGGCGGCGGCCCGGCGGGUCUCCCUCGUUUGGGCGCUGGGAUUCCACGUUCCGGGACAUAGAGGCGGGUGGAGGCGACCGCUGCUCGCUGUCAGCCUUGCUCGCCGCUCAUCAUGCUGGGAUCUCCCGGGUUCCUUGGCGGUGACUCGCCACCUGGCUACUGCACCUCAGGGAGACAAAGCGAAGACGGGCCCCUCGAAGCCCGGGCCAGUUUCCUGGAAGUCCUUGGCACUCACAUUUGCGAUUGGUGGAGCUUUAUUGGCAGGGAUGAAAUACUUCAAGAAAAAAAAGGAUGAAAUGCUGGAGAAGGAGCAGAAGCGGGCUCUUGGGAAGCCAUUGCUGGGAGGCCCUUUCUCACUUGUGGAUCACCAGGGACAGCCCAAGACCAACAAGGACUUCCUGGGCCAGUGGGUGUUAAUCUACUUCGGCUUCACGCACUGCCCUGAUAUCUGUCCAGAGGAACUGGAGAAAAUGAUUCUAGCGGUGGAUGAAAUUGACAAGAUCCCAUCUCUGCCAAAUGUGACCCCACUCUUCAUUACCAUCGACCCAGAGAGGGACACUGGAGAAGCCGUUGCCAGAUACGUUAAAGAGUUUUCUCCCAAACUGAUUGGACUGACUGGUACCAAAGAGCAGAUUGAGCAGGUGUCCAGAGCCUAUCGUGUGUAUUACAGCUCCGGCCCCAAGGAUGAAGACAAUGACUACAUAGUGGAUCACACAAUUAUCAUGUACCUCAUUGGGCCAGAUGGAGGCUUUGUGGACUACUAUGGCCAGAACAAGAAGAAUUCUGAGAUUGCCACUUCUAUUGCUGCACACAUGAGACAGUAUAAGCCCAGCUAAAAUACAAGAUCUGCAAAGAACGGUGCAAAGUCAAACUGUAAGGCAGGCUCCAAUAGGACUGACAUGUCUUUGCUUUCAACUGCACUGAACUUAUAAGACUGUGUCCUUAUUUCACAUAUUUCCUCUCCAUAUAAGAAAGGUACAUUGUGUUUAUUUCUGUGAAAUGUAGCUGCUUAUCAGAAAUUUGUACAUAACCUUUCCCAUUGGGUGUAUUUGGCAGCAAUAACCAUACUGCAGAAUAAGGAACUCGUUUGAGACGCUUAUGGAACAUGGGAGCAAAGAAUUUAAAAUUUUUACAAAACUAUUUUUGUUGGUGAAGGUACCUCUACAUCAGUUAUGCGCUCACUUUUGGGAAGAGAUAAGUGAGAACUACUCUCUGCAGGAAAGGCUGUUCUCUGAUGUGAGUUGCGGAGACUUUGGCAUCCCAAAGGGCUCUCUCUCCCCCCCACCCCUUUCCUGCAGUGCCUUUCGCUCUUGUACAGACACGUGUAAUGUUCUGUCUACAGUAAUGAGCCUUAAUAGCACUCCUACCCUGUGGCUUACUGGAGAGCACUCAAGGCACAUCCUCUUCCACUUGUGGGAUGAGCCCUGUACAAUGACUGAGUAUCUUUGGGCUCAAGCCCAGGGAUGCAGCAUCACUUCCAGGCAAGGUUUCCAAUGUCCUAAUGUAGAAUGGUGUUACUCUUACUAGUAAUGAAAUAGGUUAUGAGUUGGGGAUGGACUUUCUUCUGGUGUAACCAGCCGCCUGCAGCUUUUUAGUCUGACAGUUAUGAAGCACUGAAUAAUGGAGUGGAGGAAUGAUCAGCGAUUGGUAUAUGUGCCCAAGGCUAUUGAUCAGGUAAAAUGUGUGCAAUGCUCUGAUUGUAAAAUAAAGGAAUGACUCUUA